AUGAAAAAUCGCAGCAAGAACAAGAAGAAGCAAUGGCGGCAUCUUCUGACAGAUCUUGCUUCUGAUCUACACGUAACCAGUCGUAAGGCUGAGAUCUCCUCGGGCGACUUUUCUAUAAAACAGAAGAACAAACUCAAAGUUCAAAAGGGUGACAAGGAGGCUGCCAAGCAAAAUCCCGACAUUCCAACCGCUGUAUCCAUUGUCCAAAAAACUCCCUUCCGCCGUGGCAAGGCCGCAGUCCGGGCUUCAGUUGUAGACGUGUGGGAGGAAGGAGCGCCGACGCCGAAGCCAAAGCCUCCGGCAACUAAAACGACAGCGGAAAGCAAGUUCGCUCCCCUGACCUGUGUAGCCGGCCAGUCCUACAAUCCCAGCAUUGUUGACCACCAGAUGCUGCUCUUCCAGGCAGCCCAAGAUGAGGUCAAACAGUUGGCCAAGGAGGAGCCACAGAGGCCUAAAAAGCGUCGCUGUCGCACUGCGAAGGACAGAAAGGUACGGUAUCAUCUCGCUUUCUUUUAUUGCUCUAUCUCUCUCUCUCUCUCCUUGAAGAAUCCUAAAGCCAGCGCCGUUGCCCUCAAACCCAAGAAAGCCAAGACUCCGAAACAGAAAGAAAAACAAAUGCACACGGAUCUGGACAAUACAUGUCUGCAUUUUCAGUCCUCUAAUGGCGUCACUUAUCUUUGUUAUGUUGUCUUCUUUCUUCAGGCCGACGAUAAUUGGACGCGAGAGGUGGAAUUCAGGCGAAAUAAACUCCCCAGGGCCCGCAAGACCCUUGGCAUUACCAAGGCAACAACUCCCUUUGUACGUAGAAAAUAA